AUGGUCAAGGCUGGUAUGUUACUUAUAUUCAAGCUCGAUUGAACUCAAUUGAACGGUUUUUUCAACGGCAAUUGAUUGAUUAUCAACGAUUGCUGGGAGGCGCCCCCCCUCCCUGGACAACAUCCCACAUCCCACAUCCCACAUCCACACACUUCACACACCACGAUUUUUCCACAUCAUUUACCACGAUGAUGCUUGCCAUUCAUAUCCAUGGACAGUUGGAAUCAUCCUGCCGCUCAAUUGCUUGUCAAAAGUGUUGAAUCGAAAUAUUGUCGGGUGUUUUUACUAACUUUUUUUGCUUUUUCUUUUAGUUGCUGUUGUCAGAGGUGACUCCAAAGUUAACGGUGUCGUCAAAUUCGAACAAAAGUCCGAAUCUGGUCCAACCACCAUCUCCUGGGAAAUUGCUGGAAACGACCCAAAUGCAUUGAGAGGUUUCCACGUCCACGCCUUUGGUGACAACACCAAUGGCUGUACUUCUGCUGGUCCCCACUUUAACCCAUUCGGUAAGACCCACGGUGCUCCGGAAGACGAAGAAAGACACGUUGGUGACUUGGGCAACAUCUCAACCGACUCACACGGUGUUGCGAAAGGUACCAAGCAAGACUUGUUGAUCAAGUUGAUCGGUAAGGACUCUGUCCUUGGCAGAACCGUUGUUGUUCACGCUGGUACUGACGACUACGGUAAAGGUGGCUUUGAAGAUUCCAAAACCACUGGUCACGCUGGUGCAAGACCUGCUUGCGGUGUCAUUGGCAUUUCCGAGUAG